ACAUUCAUAUGUACAAUAAGUUCCGAUUUAUCUAUCAAAUGCUAGAAGGACAUCAUUACCGACUGUGAGAGAGAACCUUACUGCCACUAAAGUAAAAUGCCGAGCACAAAAUUGGCAGAAAACAGUCGCUGGUUGUUUAUUUGCGUUAUGUUUAUUGAUUUUUUGGGAAACUUCGGUACCUGUGAUGCUUUACAAUGCUACAAAUGUUCCGUAACGGUUGAAAAAUAUGUUGUCGACAAUAAAACCCAGGUUACUCCAUUGUGCUCAAAGUUCAUCGAGACAUCGGAAUACACAGUAGAGUGUCGUUACUCUACAAUGUGUCUAAAGUCAGUUUCUGUUUUGCACCUUCAGAAUGGACAAAGACAAGAAACCAUAACAAGGGGCUGCGCUCAACAAAAGAACACGACUCAGGUUUUUCGCAAUAAACAAUGGGAACAGGAGCAUUUAGUUCAAGAAGUAUACGCAGAGGGUUGUAAAGAAAUCAAAGGCAAUAACUUGGCUGGAUCAAGAAACGUCCACUGUUACUGUCGUGGAGAUUUAUGUAAUUCAUCCAAUCACCCUAAUCUCCACAGCAAAGUAUUAAUUAUGAUUUUCUGGUACAUCGCCUUGGUAUUGUCACAAGUGGGUGGUUUUUAAUUAGACUAUGAAUAAGAAAAUUGUGAAACUUGGACGUCUAAACUAAUUUAGAGAUUAACUGUUGUCAGCGCACCAAUAUUUUUAAAGUAAUUUGCAUUUUUGUAAACUCAUGGGUGUCUUGUGUAUCCUGACCUCUGCAAUAUUUACUUAUGUGUGGUUAAAAUUGUAUACAUAAAUUCCAAGUUAUCUUCUAAAAGAAAAACUUGUUAACUUAACAGACAUACAUACAUAUACUGAGAACGAAUUUUCGAAACAACUUUAAAAGAACUAAGAAAUCGUGGCAAUAAACUCGAAUAGUGGUAAA